AUGAGGUCCCUGGCUUUUGGCCUCCUGUGCCUGAUGUGCUGUGAUGCAGCUCGGCUGGAGAGUAAGGGUCCCAGACCUCUCACUGCCAGAGAAACCACAGCGGCGGGUGAUGAAUCCUUGUCUUUGAUCCCAGAGAACCCGUGCAAGGGCAUCCCCAUGGACUUUGUCUUUGUGAUUGACAGCUCAAGAAGCAUCCGCCAGGAUGACUAUGAGAAAGUCAAGACAUUCAUCAUCAACUUACUGCAGUUUUUGGAAGUCAGUCCCAACGCCACUAGAGUUGGUCUGCUACAGUACGGCAGUGUUGUCCAGAACGAGUUCUCCCUCAAGACCUACGCCACCAAGGCCGAGGUGGAGCAGGCGGUCCGGAACAUGAAGCACCUUGCUUCAGGCACCAUGACUGGUUUGGCCAUCCAGUACACCAUGGAGACGUCUUUCACUGAGGCUGAGGGCGCCCGCCCGGCCAGCAUGUUCAUCCCACGGAUUGCGAUGAUCGUGACUGACGGGCGGCCGCAGGACACGGUGGAGGAGAUCGCAGCUGAGGCGCGACAGGCCGGCAUCCAGAUCUUUGCUAUCGGAGUGGGUCGAGUGGACAUGAAGACGCUGAAGGCCAUCGGGAGCCAACCACAUUCCGAACACGUGCAUCUGGUGGCCAACUUCGGGCAGAUAGAAACCCUCAUCUCUGUGUUCCAGUCCAAGCUCUGCAGCGGCACUGACAUGUGCGAAGUGGUGGAUCAUCAGUGCCAGCACAUAUGUGUGAGCAGUCCUGCGUCAUAUCGCUGCAAGUGCAGAGAUGGCUUUAAACUCAACCCUGAUGGCAAGACGUGUGAAGCGGAGGAUGCGUGCUCUGUGGUGGAUCAUGGCUGCAAACACAUUUGUGUCAAUGUGCCGGGCGGGUACGAGUGUCGCUGUCGACCAGGAUAUCAGCUCACCAUUGAUAUGAAGACUUGUAACAGAAUAGACUACUGCGACCUGGGGGUCCACGGCUGUGAGCACGACUGUGUCAGCGUUCCUGAGUCCUACAUCUGCAGGUGCAUGAAAGGCUACGUCCUCAAUCCGGAUGGCAAAACCUGCAGCAAGCUGGAUCACUGUGCUGAUGGCACCCACGGGUGUGAGCAGGAGUUUGUCAACGCGGUUGACUCUUGUGUGUGUAAGUGCAGAGAUGGAUUCACGCUUCAGCCCGACGGGAAAAAGUGCAAGAAGGUGGAUCACUGUGCUGCCGGUAGCCACGGGUGUGAGCAGGAGUUUGUCAACACAGACGACGCUUGUGUGUGUAGAUGCAGAAGAGGGUUCACACUGAGGUCUGAUGGAAAGUCGUGUGAGAAGAUUGAUCACUGUGCUGAUGGACGUCACGGGUGCGAGCAGGAGUUCACCAACACGGAGGACUCGUGCGUGUGUCACUGCAGAAAAGGAUACACACUCCGACCUGAUGGGAAGACGUGCAAAAAGGUGGACCACUGCGAGAGUGGGAACCACGGCUGCGAGCAGGAGUUCACGAGCACAGAUGAUGCGUGUGUGUGCCGAUGCAGAAAAGGAUUCACCCUUCGCCCAGAUGGGAAGACAUGCCAGAGUCUGGAUGUGUGCCAGCAGGUGGAGCACGGCUGUGAGCACCAGUGUGUCAGUGCAGCUGAGUCCUACAUCUGCCGAUGCUUUGAAGGCUCUGUGCUGGCGGAGGAUGGGAAGAGUUGCAGAAGACCAGAGUGUGGCGAUGGAGUCAUGGACCUUGUUUUUGUCAUUGACGGCUCCAAAAGUCUUGGUCCCAAGAACUUUGAGCUUGUGAAGGAGUUUGUGAACGGCAUCGUUGACACGCUGGACAUCUCAAAGGCUGGGACUCACGUUGGACUCAUUCAGUAUUCCACCAAGGUCCGAACAGAGUUCACCCUGGGCCGGUACACCACGGCUCGGGACAUAAAGCGAGCUGUGGAUGGGAUGCAGUACAUGGGCCGAGGGUCCAUGACUGGCUCGGCUUUGCGUCACAUGUUUGAGACGAGCUUUUCAUCGAAGGAAGGCGGCAGGUCAAACGUCCCACACGUCAGCGUCGUUUUCACAGACGGGAGGUCUCAAGAUGAUGUGUCCGAGUGGGCGACUCGAGCGAAGAAGUCAGGAAUCACCAUCUAUGCCCUGGGUGUCGGCAAAGCCAUCGAGCUGGAGCUGAGAGAGAUCGCGUCCGAGCCUGACGAGAAGCACCUGCACUACGCCGAGGACUUCGACAAAAUGAAAGACAUUACAAAGAGGCUCAAGUCCCUGAUGUGCACAGACAAACCGACUAAAGACAUGUGUGAGUGUGACAACAUCAUCACAUUUCAGAGUCAAGUCACAGCACAGCUGAAGACUCUGGCACUAAGUCUUGAAUCCAUGACCUCAAAACUGCAGACGCUGGAGAACCAACUCAUUCAGAAGUGA